AUGAAGUAUGGCUCGCCAGAAAGAGAUCAUGGAAUUUGCUUUGUGAGCCCGGUUGUAAUCUCGCCAAGUACGUGUAAAGGGAAAUCAAAGAAUAUUGACGAUGCAAGCAGAGGCUUAACAGAUCGGUUGUCUACUAGAAAGGGCAAUGACAUCAUCAUUAUGCCCUACAAUCCCAGAAGACAUUGGGUAUUGGGUGUACUAGACAUGAAAUCGGAUACUUGCUAUUAUCUUGAUUCCUUGAGUUCUGGCAAUUUCAAUAUGCAGUUAAAGCAAAUUGUUGAUUCGGUAAUGGUUUUGUAUGCUACACAAAGUGGAUCCAACAGAAGGGUUAAACUAAAUUGGGUUAAUGUUACGGUCAACACUUAA